AUGGCUAUGGUUCUUGAUGCUGUUCUGGGAAAAGUGCUUGAUGAUCUGCUGAAUGAAAUUGUGAAAAUGAAAGACAGAGCUGUGGAGUUCAGAUCCACCCUGGAAAAAUUGCAGUCCACCAUCGAAACAGUAGACCCAUUGGCUAGGCAGAUAGAUGGUCUUAACAAGCGAUUGGAUAAACCGCCUAAGGAAACGAAGAAGCUGAUCGAUCAGUUGGCGAAGGGGAAGGAGCUUGUUAAGGAGUGCUCCAAAGUGGCUUGGUGGAAUUUCUGUUAUAAGGCCAAUUCCCAAGAGAAACUUCAAGCCUUGAUCGAUUCUAUUUCUGAGUACUUUCGUUUGGAUAUGCAAGGAAAUAUAAACGUCAAUGUGUUGGUGAACCAGGUAAUGCUGUCCGAGAUUCAUGCGACGAUUACGAGGAAUGUUCCGAGAAGGAGUGAAUUAAAAGGCUUGUGCUCGCCCCCUGAACCCCCUGCUUUCACUGUUGGGUUGGAUGUUCAUUUGAGGGAGUUGAAGUUCAAGUUGCUCAAGAACCAUCAUGUGGGGUCAGUUCUCACGGUCACCGGAACAGGUGGUUCGGGGAAGUCAGCUUUGGCCAAAAUGUUUUGUUCUGAUGAGGAAGUCAAAGGUGAAUUCAAGGACAACAUAUUCUUCAUCUCCUUUGCGGGAGCGCCCAAGCUGAGUACCAUAGUGCAGAGACUGUUUGAACACAAUGGUUACAAUAAGCCUGAGUUUCAAAGUGAUGAGGAUACAGUUUAUCAAUUGGAAAAUUUGCUAAAAAGGAUUGGGGAAAACCCCAUGCUGUUGGUCCUGGAAGCUGAUGUUUCGCCAGAGUCAGCAUCCCUAGUUGAGAAAUUCGUGUUUCAGAUCCCAAACUACAAGAUUUUAGUGACAUCAAGAUUCACAAUUAAAGGAUUUGGGCCGCCAUACGUGUUGAAAUCACUUAAUGAAACCGAUGCUUUGAACUUAUUUCGCCACUCUGCAUCCCUGGAUCAUACUAGCUCUAAAAUUCCUGAUCAUAUUGUCAAGAAGAUAGCAAAAGGGUGCAGUGGUUCUCCCUUGGCUCUUACAGUGACUGGCAAAUCACUAAGUUUUGAACCACUGGAGGUUUGGCAAAACAGGGCGAAGACAUUGUCGAACGGUCAUUCUAUUCUUACUGCUAGUUCUAGGAACGAUGUGCUUUUUACUUGCCUCCAAAAAAUCUUUGAUGACUUGGAUCCUAAGGUGGCCGAGUGUUUUACGGACCUGAGCUUAUUUCCUGAAGCACAGAGGAUACCCGCUGCUGCACUUGUUGAUAUAUGGGGAGAACAGCAUGACGAAGAUGAUGACACUGCAAUGGAGAAUAUUAAUGAACUCGUCAAAAGGAAUGUGGUUGAUGUUGUUGUCACAAGGAAUACAGCAAGUGGCACAGUUGACUACAAUUACCACUAUGUUACGCAGCAUGGUCUUCUUCGGGACCUAGCUAUCCUUCAAACAAGAAAUUUGCCGACGGAGAAGAGGCAUAGACUAAUUAUUGACCUAAGAGGUAACAACAUUCCCAAAUGGUGGACUACACAGAAUGAGUAUCACAUUGCAGCCCACACAUUAUCCAUAUCAACUGAGAGUUCUCAAUCACUAAUUCUGGAAUCUGCUUUUGCAGAUGAAGCAUUCACUUCAGCGUGGUGCAACUUGCAGCCAAAUGAGGUUGAGGUUCUAGUGAUGAACCUUAGAGAAAAAAAGCACUCACUACCAAUGUUCAUGAAAAAAAUGAAUAAAUUAAAAGUUCUGAUCAUAACGAAUUAUGACGUCGGUCGUGCUGAGUUGAAGAAUUUCGAGCUGCUUGAUUAUCUUUCUGAUCUCAGACGAAUCAGGUUAGAGAAGGUUUCAAUUCCUUUCCUGAGCAAGACUGGAGUGCCAUUGAAGAAUCUGCACAAGUGCUCUUUCUUUAUGUGCAAUGUGAAUGAAGCCUUCGAAGAUAGCACCAUCCAAGUUUCUGAUGUGCUGCCAAAUUUGGAGGAGAUGAACAUUGAUUACUGUGAUAUGGUGGAAUUGCCAGAUGGACUCUCUGAUAUUAUUUCCCUAAAGAAGCUAAGCAUCACAAACUGCCAUAAACUUUCUAAACUUCCUGAAGGAAUUGGAAAGUUGGUCAAUUUAGAAUCACUGAGGCUUGCUUCUUGUACUAAUUUAGAAGAGUUGCCUGACUCAAUCACAAGACUUGAUAAGCUGAACUUUCUUGACAUCUCUGACUGCGUAAGCCUUCGAAAGUUACCAGAAAACAUGGGGGAGUUGGGUAGCUUAGAAAGAAUCAAUUGCAGAGGUUGCACGAGAUUAUCUGAAUUGCCAUACUCAGUUACGGACCUUGAGGGCUUAAGGGUGGUGGUAUGUGAUGACGAGUUGCAAGCAUUAUGGGAACCUAUCAGACACAUAUUUAGUGAUCUAACGCUAGAUGUGGUCCAAGUUGCUAACAUCGUUAAAUUGGCUUCGGUUGAGUGA